UACAUGUAAAUGUAUUGUUCCUCUAGUGUUGCCACUCUGUGUAAAUUCGCUUUGAGUAACACUGUAUGAAUUCGCUUUGGAAUUUAGUAUACAGGGAAUCUUAUUCGAAGAAUUUUACUUCGUUAUCUGCAAAGUAAACUGGUUAAAAAUUGUGUAAAUGGCUAACAAUUUUGAAGGAAACCAUGUCGUCCGAAAAGCUGAAGAAAAUGACGGCCCACGUAUUAAUGAAUUUGCUCAGAAAUUCCUGGCAGACUUGAACGAGGAACGUGAACGUUUAGGUAGUGAGUUUCCAUUAUGCGCACAGCUUAUUGAUGAAGCUUUCGAGCGGGUCUAUACAACCGGUCGCAUACCGGGCACUGAAUACCUAGCCGACGUUUAUAAACAGAAGCCCAUGAAAGUCACUCAAAGGGUGUUUGUACCAAUUAAACAGUAUCCUAAGUUUAACUUUACUGGAAAAUUAUUGGGACCAAAAGGUAAUUCAUUACGUCGUUUGCACGAAGAAACACAGUGCAAGAUUAUUAUAAAAGGUCGUGGCUCUAUGCGUGAUCGUACUAAGGAGGAAGGACUACGCCAGUCUGGUGACCCCCGCCAUGGGCAUUUAAAUAGAGAUCUAUUUAUAGAAAUAAGCACUGUUGCAACGCCUGCAGAAGCCCAUGCACGUAUUGCAUAUGCUUUAGCUGAAAUUCGUAAAUACCUUGUGCCUGAUAAGAACGAUGAAGUUUCGCAGGGACAACUACGAGAACUUAUGGAAAUAGAUCCAAAAUCAGCUGAACAAUAUUCAAAGACAGUGCUAAGUAAAUUUUCCACAGGAGAUGGUACAUCUAAAUUUUUAAACAUAAUUAAACAACAUAGUGCACCACAAGAGGAUCCCAAUGCAAUGGAGUCAGAUGAAGAAGUAGAGGAAUAUCAAACUCGUUUUGUUAAGCGGUCGGUUGUAUCACCUUAUGUGAAGGUAAAAGUUAUCCCAUCAACAGUGUCCGCUAAACGACCAUCGACUACUCUUAUUGGAUCUGGAUUUAAACGCACUCGCGAGUCACCUAUAAAAUCUUAUAAACCUAUUCAAGGUGUUCUUAAGAAAUACAAAUAAAAUGAUGAUGGUUAAUAAUUGUUUACCAAAUAUUGUAAUAAUAAUAUUCCAUAACAAAACAAUUAAUAAUCACAUUAUAUAAAUCAUUUAACUCUGGUAAUAAUUUCAAUAAUAAAUAAUAAUAAUUUACUGUCAUCUUGAUAUUUGUGUAUGUAUAUAGAUAUGGGGCUUUAAUUUCUAAUUGGAGAGCAUUUGAAGGCGACGCCUUUCGAUUUCAUUCUGAAAAUGUUAUGUGAUAUUCGUACCAAUGAUAAGCACUAUUAUUAUAUUUUUGAUCUUUAGUUUUUUAUAUAAUUUGAACCUAGAACAAUGUAUUUAUUUAUUAAAAACUUCUAUCUAAGUAAACAUGCGUUUCACACAAUCAAGUAACAUAAAAGGAGAUGAAAAAAGAGAAAACUAAUAUCUUAUCCGCAAUCUGCCUAAUUAA